AUUGGAUUUUUGGGUUAAGACGUUAUUCAAAACGCAUCAUAACGUUAGGAAAUGUUCCGUUUACCACUUUCUUCACUGGGAAUAAUAUCUCUGAUAAAACAACGGCCGAUACUGAUAAUAAGAACGAAAGGCCGAAGAACAUUUUCAGAAAUUGCACCUACUUUUCUUGGAACUCGGCUAUAUUCCAACGACUUCAAAAGUAACACACCAUUAGGAAGUAUAUUAAUUAAUACUAAAGAUCAAGUGGAUGCAAAUAAAGAAAAAGUAGUCGAUGAUGAGGAAACUAAAAAGCAAAGAGAAAGGUCAUGGAGAACCAUGAAAAUUACAUUAUGGGUUUUUGGUAUCUCGUUUACAUGCAUCGGAACAUACUGCAUUAUUAGCUUUGGUGCCCCUCAAAAAGAUUCAAAUGGUAUUCCAAUACGCGAUGAAUUUUCAGAUAAACCAAUCCUCAAAGCCUAUUUAAUGAGGACAUUUAAAGAAUUGGAAUAUUAUCGUAGGCUAAUUAAAGAACCAUCACGGGACAAAUUAUUACCAGACCCUGUGCAGUAUCCAUACAUUCAGCCAAAGUAUACUUUGGUGCUUGAAUUGACAGACGUUUUAGUACAUCCAGAUUGGACUUAUAAUACCGGAUGGCGUUUUAAAAAGAGACCUCAUUUGGAUUACUUCUUAGAGUCUUUAAAAGAUCAAUUUGAGAUAGUUAUUUACACUGCUGAACAAGGAAUGACUGUUUUCCCUUUAAUUGAAGCCAUUGAUCCUAAAAAUCUUAUAGCAUACAAAUUAGUGAGGGAUGCAACACAUUUUACAGGAGGCCAUCAUGUGAAAAGUUUAAAUAAUUUGAAUAGAGACUUAAGCAAAGUGAUAUGCAUUGAUUGGAAUGAAAAUAAUCUUCAAUUCAAUAAGGAAAAUUUAUUUCAUAUAAAACGUUGGAUCGGCAAUGAUGAUGAUGCUAUCCUCAUGGAUUUAGUAAACUUUUUAAAAACUAUUGCCAUGAAUGACAUUGAAGAUGUUAGAGAAGUGUUAAAAGUUUAUAGUACAUUCGAUGAUCCUAUAGAAGCCUUUAGGGAAAAGCAAAAGCGAUUCGCAUAUGAAAUAGCUGCUCAGGAGGAGGCCAAGAAAGAACAGGAAAAGAGUAGAGUGUCCCGAUGGUCUCCCACGUUUUUAAAAAGAUCUUUUUAAUAUAACGGGUUAGAUAAU